ACCUUAAAGCUUAGUUCAUUCAUUUUGCUUACUUCCUUUAAAAAUUUAAUUCGGUCAAUAGUACAGGAUCAUUGUUCUUGUUUUUAGUUAUUUGUUUGUUUUAUGUCACUGUUUAUAAUUGUGUUAUUUGUAAUUGUAUGAAAGUAAAACCAAUGUCAUUAUUUUAGGCUCUCUCACCGUAUCCUCUGUCCGUCACGGAAACUGUGAUUCAUGCUCUUAUUACAUCCUGUUGAAUUUCUGUAUUUCUCUGUAUGUUGGCCUUCCUGAAUCUGCCUUAUCUCGCCUGCUGCUGGAUUUUAACAGGGACUCAAAAGUCGGAUAAUUUUCCCCCCUUUUGGCAUCUCUUCCCCUGCAUGACUGUUUAAUGCUGAAUGGCAACGAUGUUGAACAGCACUAGUGGUCUUUGGGAGAGCACAAUACCCAGCAUGAUGACAACAGAGGAAGAUUACUCUGAUUAUUAUAGUAAAGGCAUUGAUGCAGAACCAUGUGAUUAUGGAACCCAUGCAAGCCAUUUUCUCCCAGUGCUCUACUCCCUGUUCUUCAUUGUGGGCCUCGUGGGAAACAUGCUGGUGUUGUGGGUGAUCCUGAGGGGCGUUCAGCUGAAAAGCAUGACUGACGUGUCUCUCCUGAACCUGGCCAUCGCUGACCUUCUACUAAUCUUCUCUCUCCCCUUCCUGGCUCACUAUGCCAGAGGUACAUGGGCUUUCGGUGGAGGCAUGUGCACUCUGGUCCUCGGUGUGUACUACAUCGGAUUUUAUGCCAGCCUUUUCUUUAUUGUGCUGAUGAGCGUCGACAGAUACUUGGCUAUCGUCCAUGCUGUGUUUGCCUUGAGAAUCCGAUCAAAAGCUUAUGGAAUUUUAGCUAGUGUGGUCAUCUGGAUUAUAGCUAUUGCAGCAUCAUUUCCUGAGCUACUGUAUCUUGGAGUUGAAAGAUAUGAAGACAAAAUAAUGUGCAGUGCUUAUCCAAAAGACGUAAGUCACAAUCUUUUGAGAAGUGCAGCUUUCAUUAAAAUGAAUGUUUUGGGCCUGCUAAUUCCACUGACUAUUGUGGGAUUUUGUUACUCGAUGGUGCUCCGGAGGCUUCAGAUGCUUCGUAAUUCCAAGAAACUGGCCAUUCGUCUUGUUGUUGCAGUCAUGGUGGUCUUCUUCUGCUGUUGGACGCCAUACAACAUUGCAGCAUUCCUCAAAGCACUAGAACUGAAGCACAUCUUGUCUUCAGAGUGUGAGCUCAGCAAAAGGAUUCAGCUGAUGCUGCAAGCCACUGAAGCUGUGGCAUACUCGCACACCUGCCUCAAUCCAUUCCUCUAUGUGUUUGUGGGUGAAAAGUUCAGGAGGCACUUCACCAGGCUUCUGCGCCAGACACCAUGCAUCCAUGUGCAGUGUAUGAAGAGCUACAUGACCCAGGCCACAGCCUCUGUGUAUUCACAGACCACAAGUGUGGAAGAACGUUCAGUUGGCGUCUGAAUGAUGGAAAAAAAAAAAAGAUUUAAUAACUCAUCAGCAAAUACAAACAAUCUUAUUUCAAAUGUACUAGUGAAAAUGAGAUUCAAUUAUGUUUUAUAUAUCCCUGCUUUUAGGUAAGUACAUACUACUGUUAAAUGCACUUUUGUAAAAAUAUUUUGUUCACUUUCAGAAAAAAAGCUGUGCACUGUACAAAAAAAAUGUACACUAUAUGGUCAAAAGUAGGUGAACACCUGACCAUCACACCCCUGUGUGUUUCUUGAAUAUCCCAUUCCUAAACCAUAGGCAUUAUUAUAGAUUUGGUUCCCUCUGCUCCUGUAACAGCCUCCACUCCUCAGGGAAGCCUUACUAUUAGAUUUUGAAACAUAUCAGUAGGAAUUUGACCCCCAUUCAGGCAUAGGAGCAUUAGUGUUGGAUGACAACUAGCACUGAUGUUGGAUGAGAAAGCUUGACACGCAGUUGGUCUUCAAAUUAAUCCCAAAUGUGUUCACUGGGAUUGAAGUCAAGGCUCUGUGAACCAUAUGGCAAACCAUAUCUUUAUUGACCUCACUUUGUUUUGCUGUUUGCUGUACUUAGUUCAAGUGAAGGGAAAUCUUAAUGUUAGAGCAUACAAAGACAUUUGAAGGCAAUUGUGUGCUUCCAACUUUGUGGCAACAGUGUGGGGGAGACCUACAUAUGGAUGUGCUGAUCAGGCAUCUAAAUCCUUUUGGCCAGUGUAUGUAUCUUUAACCUGUAAAAUAAGGACAUAAUGUACCUAAAAAUAUUCAAAGGACAUACAUGGACUGUAAUCAUUUUUAGAGUAAAGCCUAGAUUAUAUUUGAUUUUAACUAUGUGUACAUGCACGCAAGACUGCUGUUGAUUGUUUGGAGUGUGAUUUGUGCAUUCAGAAAUUACCAACAUAAAUAGUUGGCAGUGCACAAAGACGUGACUGAAGAAGCAAACUUAUACAACAUUUAUGUUGCAAAUUAAUAAUUUGCUAAACAGUUAAUUGUCUUUGUGAUUUGGACAUCUGGACAAAACAUGCACAUCUAUGUCUUAAGUUGUUGUUGUUAGUGUUGUUGUAUUUUAAUAUGAUGAUUAUUAUUAUUAUGUAUUGUAUAUGGGUGUGUAAAAAUAUAUAU